AUGAACGAAAUUCGUCGUCAUCAAACGGAUACGGCCCAGCAUUUAUCAUUUCUGGAUCAUCAUCGAGACACAAUUGUGGCAUUGACUUCGGACGGUGGAUCUGGGCCGCAGUACACACAACAGGCUCACAUCCGAAUACUGGACACGUUUGUCAAACCGAUCUGGUCCAUGAUUGAACAGGCCAAAGCGUUGUGGAACGUGUUACAGGACUAUGAGACAUGGCUUACACACGAAGGACGUGAUCACAUGGUCCGCACAACCUGGCUGACACCGAUCACUCGUGUGAGCAUUAUGACCAGUAAAGUGCUGUGGCUUUAUCGAUCAUUAAGGCGUAUUGCUCUGUCAUAG